UCUACGCCAUUAAGACCUUAGACUAUGAAGAUGAAACCCACCGUAGAGGGUUCCGAUUCCUAGUGCAAGUUACUGAUAUGGGUCGCGGGGGCUGGAAGGACCCCCGCCACCUGGACGCCGCCUGGGUGUCCGUCCGUCUGAGGGACAUCAACGACAACCCGCCCAGGUUCCACCGCCCACACGCCCACGUUACUGUGAGGGAGGACGCCGCCCCUGGCACUCUCCUGGCCGCUCUCCCCGCCCACGACCCUGACAUGAUCGGUCAACAGAAGGUGCAGUACCAUCUGACGGGAGGUUGGGAUGCCCUUACCGUCGACUCAGAAGGGGACGUGACCCUCUUGAAAGCUCUGGAUCGCGAGGCUUCCAGAGGGGCGAUGAGCGAGGCUAGAAUCAUCGCCGUGGAUAGUGGCAGCCCACCUCUCUCCUCCACCGCCACCCUUACCAUCACUAUUACUGAUGUUAAUGAUUCUCCCCCACGACUCCUGCCUCCUACGGUAUUCCAUAUCCCCGAGGGAGCUCCUGCGACACGUCUGGGUGUUCUGAAGGCUACAGACGACGACUUGUGGGCAUUAGGACACGGCCCGCCAUUCAAUCUGACUCUCGCGCCCUCUAACCCACCCCAUGUGCUGUGCUACAUCAAUCUCGAGUUCAUUCCCCACCUGGACAGUGGGCGUGGAGGCGCUGAAGUGUGGACGGUGGGCGGCGUAGACCGCGAAGAGUACCGGGAGUUGCGGGUGGGCGUGUGGGUGGCUGACGCAGGCGGCCUGGCCGCCCACCAGAUGGUCACAGUAGUUAUAGAUGACCUCAACGACAACCCCAUGAAACCUGCGGCCAAAACUGUCUACAUGUGGAAGACCCAGGGUGGCGGGUCAGACGCUCCCCUGGGACGCGUGUACGUUCAGGAUCCAGACGACUGGGACCUCGGAGACAAGAGUUUCCAAUGGGCAGGACCACCUAAUCCUCUCUUCUCUCUCAACACCAGUGACGGCACUGUCUUCGCCUCCAGCCUAGUGAGGGAGGGACGAUACGACCUUCAGUUCCUCGUGAGUGACCUGGUGUGGGGUCAGCGAGGAGUGGCAGCUAACGUGACCGUCUUAGUGAAACUCUUGACCUCUGAGGCCAUCGCCCACGCCACGCCCAUCACCCUCACGCCCACCACCCCCACCCACCUAACCAAGGGUUGGACGCCUAGAGCUGGUGGAGGUGGUCUCGGCCGACUGGUGGCUGGAGUGUUGAGUGUGGUCGGCGAGGACAGCCAUACCGUGGAGGUGGUGAGCGUCUAUGUCUACCACGACCCUCAGUACGACUCCUUCCACGACUCCAACGUUUCCGAAGACCCACCCCUUGGGUCGUACAGCAACGACGACACCUUUCACCCUUCUCGACUUCAUAUGCGUCCGUCCACUACAAGACCGUCUAUUUCUACCAGCAGCUAUGUCAAUCUCAACCGGAACUCUUUAACCCCCGAGUCCUCCUCCGCUUGCGUGUGGCUGAGCGUUAGGACGAAAACUGACGGAGGAAGCAGUGAGGGGACCUUUGUUAACCCCAUCAAGCUACAGGGUCUUCUUGCUCUCAACACACAUGAGCUUGAGAUGGCGACCAACCUGACAGUGGUGGUGGGAAGCCCAGGGCCCUCUGUUGACGAGCACAAGGACACCACGACGGAGGAGUACCCACACUCACCCCGGCCCUACCACGACCACGACCCUUCUUCAGCUGCCUCCCGGGCCUCCACCACACUCCCCCUUCAGGUAGUAGACACCAACGCCACCUCGCUGGUCACACCGCGCCUGACCCGAACCCUCGCCUGCUGUGCCCACGAGCCAGACACCUGCACACCCACCACUUGUCUCAACGGUGGGAGGUGUGUGGCAUCGUCAGGCGGCAACAGGUGCGUAUGUCCCGGGAGGUCUUGGGGGUCGAGGUGUAAAGUGCUUACCAGGACCUUCAGAGGGUCAGGUUGGGCGUGGGUUGACUCCCUCCUGCCAUGUCUCCCCACCACUCUGUCUCUCCGUCUUCUCACACACAACCCACAUGCUCUCAUCCUGUACUCUGGGCCCCUUGCACCCAUAGCCCGAAACCCACACUCGCCGCCGACGCCCAUGAUCGCCCUACAACUCGUCCUAGGGCGCCCGCAGCUGCUGAUCGAGGGAGCUGUAGGGUCACUCUCACUGGAGGUAAACACCACACUGAACGACGGUGACUGGCACACCCUCCACCUCCACUUCAGUUCUCAGGGCGUGGCGAUGAUGAUAGACCUGUGUGGGCGUGGCUGGGAGGACGCCGACACCCGGGACGGCUCACACUGCAUGGCACGCAGUUCAUGGAUCAACCCAGGGGACGCAGGGACAUGGUCGGGAUCUGGGCCCCUGCAGGUGGGCGGACUGGCACACACGUCACCACGCCCUCACGCCCACGGUUGGAGAAAUGCACCCAGCGAACACCCACUUAAUGGCUGUGUCUCUCACCUCACAGUCAACGGCCGGCUGGUUGACCUCGGGGAGCCAGCCUACAGCCGGGCCAGCGAGAGCGGCUGCCACUCACAGGAAGCAGCUUGUGUGGGCGGAAGGGGCAGUUGUGGACUCCGUGGGCAGUGUGUGGGCGGCCUGAACCACCCGGAGUGUGAGUGUGAUCCAGGAUGGACGGGGGACGAGUGUGCCACGCCCACUGUACCCGCCUCCUUACGGCCCUCGAGUUACUAUAAGGUGGCGCUGUCGUUCACUCCGCCACCCCGAGCGAUCACUGCCCAGGUGCGACUCAGGACCCGCGGGGCGAUCCAUGGCCUCCUGCUGCGACUCUCAGCCCAGCAUGGCUCUGCCUCCUUCAGUAUACACCUGCGAGCGGGCGUGGCGUGCGCCUCGGUGACGGGCGUGGGGUUAACGGAACAGAUGGUGUGUGUUGAAAACCGUCCACUGGGGGACGGAGAAUGGCACACCGUCGUGGCCCAACGACACGGCGACAACCUCCUUGUCAGUGUGGACGACGGGGACGGCUGGCCACGACGGAACGACUCCCUGCCGACCCUCACCCCCACGACAACAGGCGCGGGGGUCGUGGGGAAAGUGCCGCCGACGCCCUUAGACGUAGACAAGCACGACGCAGUGACCGUGGGAGGCCUACCGGAGUUUGUGGGGGUGAAGCUCCUUGCUGUUCACCACGACCUUAACUACACUUGUGUUGACGAUGUUCGGGUGUGCGGGCGGCCCUUGCCUCUACCUCCAGCUGUGAACGGCACCACCUGGGGUCAAGCCACCACCUCUGAGGGGUUGGGGCGCGGCUGCCCUAACCCGGAGACCUGCCCCAACACCACUUGCCCCGCCCCACUCUCCUGUACCCCGACCUGGGGGCAGCCAACCUGUAGCUGCGGGCCGGGAAGACACCUCGAGGGCCGUCAGUGCCAGGACGUGGAUGAGUGCCUCUGGAAGCCUUGUUUACACGGAGGCUCCUGCUACAACCAGCGGUCCGGGUUCCUGUGUGUAUGUAGCCCAGGCCACACCGGAGAGUACUGCCAGUGGACCACAGUGGCGGGCGCGGCCCACCCGUCAGCGGCUCCGGCAGCCAUUCUCGGCCUCUGUGUCUCCCUCCUCAUCCUUGUGUUACUCGGCGUUCUCUACUCUGUUCGCCUCCGCCGCCGAAGGACUAACCUCGUCCCUGGAGGGUUGGUGGGCGGGGCAGGAGGCGAGGAUGUGACCGUUGUAGAUGCGAAAUACAGUGACAUCGACGACACAGAUUUGAGGAGUUUGAGGCCAGACGACACACAGGAGACCCUAGUUGAGUGUCUCAAGCUGAAGGUGGCGUCGUGUGGACAAUCCGGCAUAACAGACGACCAGCAGAGCAAGGAUGUUUCCUUUUUAACAAGUAUGAACUUAGGGUCUCCCGAGGGCGCUAUGGAAGGAACCAAGCCAGAGAUUCUUCUGGCCAAGGAUGACCUCCGAGCCUACGCUUACGAGGGUGACGGAUCAUCAUCUAGUUCCAUUACCUCUGCUAUAUCAGGCCUGCGGGUGGAGCUGGACGAAGGAUGGGACAUCAAGCCUCUGGUGCCAGGGUUCCUGCAGGUGAUUGACCUCCUGAGGAACCUCCCUGAAAAGUCCUGCCCUGACGCAGGACACCAACAUGGACGGGGUGCGAAAGAGCCCCAAGAAGCUGUCAUGCUGCGGAAGCAAAAGAGCCCUAACUUGUCGGGUCUUGUGACGAGGAGAUUCUUGCCCUCCCCUGAUGGCAAUGAUGAAAUAAUUCUUGAUGCCUCCAGGUAUCUUGACAGCAGCUCUAGGUGCACUGACAGCAGCUCUAGGUGCGCUGACAGCAGCUCUAGGUGCGCUGACAACAGAUGUAGGAGCGCUGACAGCAGCUCUAGGUGCGCUGACAGUAGCUCUAGGUGCGCUGACAGCAGCUCUAGGUGCGCUGACAGCAGCUCCAAGUGUAACGAUGGAAACUACAAAUGCAAUGAAUCGGGUUUUAGCAGCGACGGAGAGGUGUCGACGGUCUGCUGACAACGGCAUCGCCCAGGGUGAACCAACUUUGGUUUGAGUGUGCUGACACAAACCAAAGUCUGAUGACCCACCUCUGGCUGACACAUAGACCUCCCAUGUCUAACUGACACCCCCCCUGCACCAGCCACGCCGAGGUCUUCCAGUCAAUGAGGCCUUAUAGCUGAUGAACUCACCCCCACCCUCACACACAGCAACACAGUGAAGUAGAAACCUGAGGGGGAUCCUUACACACCGUACGGCAGCUCCCACCAAGCACCUCACGCUAACUACUGCAGCGACCUCUCUCUCUCUCUCUCUCUCUCUCUCUCUCUCUCUACCAGGGCUUAAGAAUGCACCCAAGUUUGUUGUAAUAGAGAAAAACAUAAGGAAACGAGGGACUAAAUAUACCGCUUUGGAGUUUUUUUUUUUAUACAGCAUCAAUGAACGCUGUAAGCCACAAGACCACAAGUGACCCCGCUGUCAUGUUAUACUGAAACAAGGAAGCAAGGGAAAAUGAAGCAAGGAAACAAAGAAGCAAGUACACCGGACAUACAUGUCAACGUUAUGGUGGAACACAUUGUACACAACUCCGGAGUGUUCAUCUGAAUAUCUGGACGCGCUAAUUAGUGGAGGGAGGAGAACCAGCCACCAAUGAGUGAGGACAUCCGGUUGCUACAGCCAAUCAUAACACUUCAGCAUCUCACACACCAGACCAAAAGAUGAGAAUUAGAGACACAUUCCUCCUCACAAACCUUCGAGAACAACGAUCGUAAAUUACUUUAAUAAAAGAUUUUCACACACAAU